CUACCCAGACGCUAGAAGUGGUAUUGUCCGACAAUCAGAGGCAGUCAGUCGACUCCAUGCACGCGCUGGUGUAGCGGUGCCGCUACUCCAUCCUGUGACGUUGAAAACUUCGAUAGUGUCACCUUAACUCGACUUCGCUUCCGGCCCGCUCGACACUGUGGUGUGAUAACUUUUAACACUAGCUCUAAUCGUCUUUCGUUCGUAAUCAGUUUGCCAUCGACUGAUAGAAUCGGGGGUGUAGUACUUUAGAUGUUUCGGGCCGGCCUAGCCGGUGGACGUCGUGCCUAGAGCUUGGCCUAACAACCCGAUGGCACAGAGGUACGAAGAUACGAUGUCCCACUAUGGGGCUAUGGAUGGCCCGGCUUCGAUCUACGAUCCACACGCCCACAGGUCCAUGCAGACCUUGUCUCAUGCGCCUCACAUGAAUCACACGCCUGCCAUGCACCAGUAUCAUGGAAAUCACGUUUCUUCGGUCAUGUCCAAUCACGUUAUGGGCUCCGUGCCCGAUGUUCAUAAGAGAGACAAAGAUGCCAUUUACGGCCACCCACUCUUUCCCCUCCUGGCACUGAUAUUCGAGAAGUGCGAACUUGCAACUUGUACACCUCGAGAACCGGGAAUUGCAGGUGGGGACGUGUGUUCAUCAGAAUCUUUUAACGAGGACAUCGCUGUAUUUGCUAAACAGAUCAUGACCGAAAACCUACCCUACACUUGUGACGAAGAAUUAGACACUCUAAUUAGACAGGAAAAACCAUAUUACGUACCAAAUCCCGAGUUAGACAGCCUUAUGGUCCAAGCCAUUCAAGUGUUGAGGUUUCAUCUACUAGAAUUAGAAAAGGUGCACGAGUUGUGUGAUAACUUCUGCCAGAGAUAUAUAAGCUGUCUGAAGGGAAAGAUGCCAAUAGACUUGGUUAUAGAUGAAAGAGACGGAAAACCCGGAGAUUUGGGGGAUAACAACAACAACAGCAACUGUAGCAGCAACUGCGGAGGAGGGAACCAUACAGGAACCGGAGGUGGAGGACACAGGGGCCUCCUCGACACAUCGGGUCAUAACAGUAGCGACAGUGCCUCUACUCCCGACCAGGCCUAUUGUUUCUCCCCACAGAGACCGCCCUCCCAGUCCCUGAAUUCCUAUAGCACCGGUCCCGACGAUGUAAGGUCUCCAGCAGGGUCGACAGGGACACCGGGCCCCCUCUCCCAACAACCCAGCUCCCAGCAGAGCACCGACAAUAACAGCGAAGCUGGUGAUGCCAGUGUAGGCUCGGGAGACGGAACAGGCGAAGAUGAUGACGACGACAGAGGGAAGAAGAGACAAAAGAAAAGAGGAAUCUUCCCGAAAGUCGCCACAAACAUCAUGAGAGCCUGGUUGUUCCAACAUCUCACUCAUCCAUAUCCAUCUGAAGAUCAGAAGAAGCAAUUAGCGCAAGACACUGGGCUUACUAUUCUUCAAGUUAAUAAUUGGUUCAUCAAUGCAAGGAGAAGAAUAGUGCAGCCGAUGAUUGAUCAGUCUAAUCGUGCGGGUGGAUCUAUUGGCGGAGCGAGUACCGCCUACAGCCCGGAAGGUGCGGGGAUGGGUUACAUGAUGGACGGUGGUCAACAGAUGCACAUUAGACCUCCAGGUAUGCAAAACCUUCCUUGCACCGACGGUUCCAUAGGCAUGGGUCACAUGGGCAGCAUGGGCGGAUAUUCCCAGAUGUCGCAACUCAGAUCGCCCGUUCACUCGCAGGCCAUGCUACUACCCGGGCAUCCUCACGCAGCCAUGAUGAUGACGCACGGACCUAUGGGCCAUCCGGGCAUUCCACCUCAGGGUUCGCCGUACGACGGAUCGGGACAACACAUCAUGGAUAUUCACGCCAGUUAAUGUAUUUCUGUACGAAUGGAGAACACAGCUCUUUCCCCUUCCCGGUUCUCUCCCCGACAACGGAAACCGGCGCACCUAUGCAGGUGAGAAACUGAAAACGGGGAGGCUGGGUGCGGGGAAGGCAUCUUUUAUAGUCCUAUCGUCGUUCUAGAAAAAAUCCAUAUACGUAAACGGUUCUUCACCCAACCAGCUGGGUAGAGCUGCAAAAUAGAAAAAUGUAAACCGGCUGGCCUGACGGUUUCGAUGGUACAAAAAGAAUUGCUAAAAAUAGAAACGUCUAGCAAUCUUCAUAGUGUCUGGAUAUAAAGGAAGAAAGAACAAAUUCUAAACCGUAGCCGCGCCGUCAAAAAUUAGCUUCCAAUUCGGGUAUAAGACAAGAAAUUUUUUAAAGCAGUUCGCGCAACACCCGGUUAUUAUUAUUGUAAUUAUUAUAAUUAUUAUUAAUUCGAACUCUUCCACAUAAUUUUUUUAAUUGUGAUUCGUCGAAGGUCAGCCGGAGUCACGUGCUUCCUGCUACGUCCUAGAGAUGACGAGGAGUUAAGAUGACUCGCCGAAAGAACGAUUAUAUAGGGGGACCACAGCUUUACGGGGGAAGGAAUAAAGUUGUAAAGGAUGGCGGAUACCAGCCAAGCUGGUGGUGUUUCGUGUAAGUCAGUGUACGUGUGAAGGCGGGACAAUCAAGUCAUUAUACCAUUUCAUUGUACAGGGUGACUGUGGCACUGUUGUUUUCUGUGACCACAAUGUACUUUAACGUGAAUAAAAAUAUCAUUGCACUACA